AUGCUAAAGGGAAGAAAACAAAGAAAGACUAUUCUCAAAACAGUAAUUGAUAUGGUGACGGAUAGAAUUAGUUGCUUACCCGAUCAUGUAAUAGACCAUAUUCUGUCUUACUUGCCAAUUAGGGAAGCAGUGAGAACAAGUGUUUUAUCCAAAAUAUGGAAGAACAAAUGGUACACACUUCCAAAUCUUGUGUUUGAUAAACAUGGUGUCUCUGAUGUAGUUAACGAGAGCAUGCUUUUGAAAAUUGUUGAUCAUGUACUUUUAGUUCAUUCGGGGCCAAUCAACAUGUUUAAGUUCGCUAACGAAGAUCUUCCUGAAAUUUUUGAGAUUGACAUGGAUCGGUGGAUUCUUCAUCUAACCGGAAGGGUAGUUGUUGAUUCAUGUUGCGAUUUGAUCUCAGAAGACAAUCAAAGUACACUGACUGGAAGGCCUAGCAACUUGCUCAAAUUUUUCGAUAGUCGACCUCACAUAAAGAGCUUAGUGAUUGGUAUUUACUUUUUAAAGUAUUUGGCUGCAGGUGAUUUGCCAGUAAAGCUUCCUACACCUUGUGUUGAUCUAAGCUAUCUUUCCUUAAGCAUAAACUUCGAUGACUUGAAGGAAAUUUAUGCUGCUCUUUGCUUGCUCAGAAGCUCACCUAAUCUUCAAAAAUUAGAAAUAUCUGCAAAGAUUCAUCGGGAUAAUGUCCCUUUGACACCUGUCAGUGACGGCUAUUCUUGGGAAGGAGUAUUUUCGAGGCCAGCCACACCCAUCCAAGUGCGACAUGUAACAAUAUAUAGCAUCUCCGGCUUUCAACCUGAACUAGAUUUGAUCAAAUUUCUACUUCUCUAUUCGCCUGUGCUAGAAAAGAUAAUUGUGAAGCCUCAUGUAAAUGCCGGAGUGGAGUUGCUUACCGAACUUGUUCGGUUCAAAAGAGCGUCAGGAGAAGCUGAAGUUAUUUAUGACAUUCAAAAGAGCGUCAGAAGAAGUUAUUUAUGA